AUGAUGGAGAAAUUAUAUCCAGAGAAGUCGACCACUCGGAUGGAAGAAUUCCGGGAUUUUGCUAUGCGACCGAACGAGACGGUUGCUAGCUUGGUGCAGCGUACGCAGACGCUCAUGCACGCACUCGACCGGCCCAAAGAGAUGGCCGUGUUCAAGCUCAUAGCCGCGACUAGGCGGACUGAGCUAGGGAAGGAAGUCCAUCGCCAGUUCCUGACAACUAGCUUGGAGACUUCGAACUGGACGGUUGAGCUCGUGGGACGGAUAGCUAUCAAGAUUGAUCAAGCUACGACCCAAGCCAACUUAUGGCCGGCGACCAUGCACGCCGCAGCCCCGUCCCGCUCCAUGGUUCGCGCACCUACCGUGCUUGCCGCGCCUCCGAGUUAUGGACCGAGCCAGAAGCAACAGGCACUUGAGUGUCACAAGUGCCUCAAGUACGGGCACAUUGCAAGGGACUGCCGGUCACCUGCUGUAGUUAAGGGGGGCUCUGCCAUCACCCAGCCAAAACCCUCGGCUGACUCGGAGCCCAUAUGCUAUCAUUGCGAAGAGCCAAGUCACUAUGCCAACAGGUGCGCUCGCAAGCGCGCUGAGUUGGCCAAGUCAGGCACCUCCAAGAAGUGGUGUACGUUCCAUAAGACGGACUCCCACGACACUGCCGAGUGCAAGACGCUCCAGGCCGGCAGGUUGCCGCGCGCUCAAAGUGCCUCUGCCAGGGCCGCUGCGCCAGUCGCUGCGGCCUAUGACAACUCAGAUGAGACUCAGCUUUCGCUUGCACAGCUUCAGGCGCUCUGGAACGCUCAUCACAACAACCCGAACGGGUACAGUGCUCGGAUUGACUCCACACUUAUAGCCAAACGGUGUGCGCACGUGCCAGUCGUCAACGUGGCGCCCGUUCACACUAGUCUCACUAGACGGAGCGGGUUCGAUGAGUUGCCAGAGGACGCACCUCAGCGUCUGGGCAUGAUAUACGCGCCGAGUGUGCAGAUUGCGGACCACCGCAACUCUGAGCACGACGUGCCGUUCAAGAUGGGGAAACCACUUCGAGGACUCAAAGCCUCUUAG